UUGCUGUGUUUCUAUCCUCACGAUAGAUAAGACAACACAUAAUGCCAAAUUCUACAUGUUAGUGAAAACUACUCCUUUGUAUGGUUGAGAUAGAUUUUUUUUUUCACACUGUAGUAAUGCUGUUAGAGCUGAAGUUUCAAGAUGUAUAAUUGUUUUUGGUGCUUAUUAAUUGGUCAAUUCAUUUCUGAAGCUGAACCUAGGUUUUUUAGUGCAUGAGAGUGAGAACAGAGGAGAGGCAGAAAUGGAGCUAUGUAAUAGCAGAGUUCUGAUACCCAGUCUGGGAAUGGUGACUGUGAUUUUGACUCAAGUUAGCGACAUGGAAGUAAUCAAAGCGGCUAUGUCUAAGGGGCUUAACAAAUAUGUCAUAAUUGUCUAUGUAAAUGCCCUCUGCACUAUCCUCUUUCUUCUCUGUUCCCUUCUAAUUUACAGCACAUCAGAGCGUCCUCCACUCAACUCUUCCAUUCUCUGCAAAUUGUUUUUGCUUUCUGUGAUUGGAAUUUCAGCACAGAUUUUCGGAUUUGUUGGUUUACAAUACAGCUCUCCUACGCUAGGCACCGCCAUGCUCAACCUCACUCCAGCCUUUACCUUCAUACUUGCUAUCACUUUCAGGAUAGAAAAGGUAAAUUGGAGAAGCAAAAGCAGCCAAGCUAAGUCUUUGGGAGCUGUAGUGUCAAUAGCAGGGGCAUUUGUUGUAACAUUGUAUAGAGGCCCGCCCAUAAUAAUAAAGACGGUUUCUGGCUCUUUUUCACCACUUCAAUCUCUUUCCCCCCAAUCAAGCUGGAUUUUAGGAGGAAUUUUCCUGGCGGCUGAAGCUUUUCUCCAUUCAGCAUGGUAUAAUUUACAGGCAUCAAUCCUGAAAAAGUUCCCAUCAGUGUUAAUCAUAAUGUUUUACCAUUUCUUCUUCCGUACUAUUCUAUCCAUGGCAUAUUCUCUGAUUGUAGUUACAGACUUAACUGCAUGGAAGCUCAGACCUGAUAUGGCAGCUCUCGCUAUUUUAUACUCAGCAGUUGUUGGGACUGGGUUUCGAUUGGGUUUAAUGACAUGGUGCCUUUCAAGGACUGGACCUCUCUAUGUCUCAAUGUUCAAGCCCUUGGGAAUUCUCUUUUCUGUUGUCAUGGAUAUCGUCUUCCUGGGAGACCCUCUUCGCCUUGGGAGUUUGAUUGGAGCACUGAUAAUUGUUACGGGAUUUUAUGCUGUGAUGUGGGGAAAGCUUAAAGAAGAAAACACAAUUGAAGGAUACGAGAUUGAGAAUUUCAAAGCAUCCCAUGAAAAGGUCCCUUUAAUUUGCAACCAUGGAUGUACCCAAGAAUCUGAUACUGGGGUCUAGUUACAAUUAACAAUACAAUUGUCAAUGAAAUUAUAACUCUAUUAUAUUUUAUUGGGUAAUGUUUAAUUAUAAUAAUCUUUAUCAA